AGCAGUUCAGUUAUUGCGAGUGCGUUAUUUUUUCGCAUUAAAUUAGUUCAGUUGGUGAGUUCUAUUCGCGAUGCCUAAGUGCAAACAUUCCAGACAUCAUAGAAGCCCCUCGGGCUAUUCUUAUCAUAAGGAGAAGCGCAAAUAUCGGCAGAGAUCUCGAUCGGCAUCAUCUCGAGAUCGCCGUGACGAGAUUAGAUCUCGAGAAUCUCCGCGUAGUUCAUCGACACUUCCGCCUGCGGGGGGCAUCGAGGGAUCAUCGGGGGAUGCAUCUCCUCUGCAGUCAUUCCGAUUACGAUUAGCAGAUGCUUUGACUUGUGAGAUCGUGACAUUUUUAAAGCGGCACGGAUCCUCGGCUGCGACGAUUAUCGCAGGUGCGGAGACGAGUGUCGCAAGUGAGGCGGCUCCCCCGGGUUCCGCGACUGAUGUCCUUAUCCUUCCGGAGACAGAGUUCAGUGCGAUCGUCUCUCCGGAAGUCGAGCCCGAGACAGAUGGGCAGACGGUUCUCAGGAACUGGGACGACGCACCAGCAGAGCAGUUAGCGAUGCCUAUUCCCGAUCGCAGAGUGAGUUUUCCGGAACCGGCGGUGACCCAGGAAGAGCCUAACCCUGAGGAAGGUAAAAGUUCUUUAGUCAGCGAGCUGUUCGGCGAGGAGCAAUACUUAGUGAGUGAUUCGUCUUGGGAUCCCGUUAUUUUUAACGCAACGCGAUCUGAAAUACGUACGGGUCUCAAUGAAGAGCUACGCCAAAGUCUCCUCUCCAAGUAUGAGCUCAAGGGAGAUCUCGCAAGUUUAGGCCCUCCGAAGCUGAAUAAGGAGCUAAUGUCAGCUCUCUUUAAGCGCCAGGCUAUCAUAAAGAGAGAUAAAUACCUGGCGAAGCAGCAGAUACAGGUCGGAACCUGCGUGAAUAUUUUGGGAUCCGCCAUAGCCGAUCUCAUAAAAUUUCGCCACUCCCUUCCGCAAGACGAUUCUAUUCGAAACAUUAUCGCUAAGUUAGCGGAGGGGCUCCAUCUCUUGGCGGAUCUUCAAUUCCGCUUCUCCCUUGCCAGACAGACCUACAUAAAGCCGUGCCCGACGUUCGUCGGAAAGUCGGUAGCAGAUUCCGCUCAAGUUGACGACUGGCUUUUCGGAUCACACUUUGUAGAGGAGCUCAAAGCAGCGCAAGCUUGUGAGAAAUCGGGCCGUGAGUUAUCGAGACCUACUCCAGCCCCGUCAUCAACGGUCAAGAUGAGCAACCAACCUACAUGUCAACUUCCGAACCAGCCGAAGUCGUCAAACUUCAAAGCCCCUGUGCAACACCGACCAUCCUCGGCUCGCCGGACAGGGGCAACGCAAUCAGCGAGCCGCAGUCACUAUCACCGUUCCAGAUCCAGGCCUCUACGGUACCGUUAAGUCAAGAAUUGCCAUCCAGCAUGGAGGACGCUUUCCCUGGCGGCAGCACUCUUAUCCGGCAAGCGUUUGUCCAUCGCGGAGUGCCACCGGGGGCAAUGGAUGCUAUUUUGGCCUCCUUAGCAGACUCCACAAUUAGGCAAUAUACUAAGCCUCUGCGGAACUGGUGGUUAUUUUGCCAGUCUUCGUCGGUCCCCCUCUGGUCACCGAGUCCCACGCAGUUCCUCGACUUUUUGUCGCACGAACUGCAGCAGACCAAUUCGUACCACGUCCUUAGUGUCACUCGUUCUGCGAUUUCUUUGAUUUCAGAUAAUGAGAUUGGGAGCCAUGCACUGGUUCGACGUUUUUGUAAGGGCGUGGGGGUACUUAAACCCCCUCGUCCCCACUACGAAUAUAUUUGAGAUCCGGCCCCAGUCUUGGCGAAACUUUUUACUUUUUAUCCUUACGAAUCUUUACCGCUAGAGGUAAUCUCGAAAAAAUUGGUCCUCCCCUCGCCCUUGGCACGGGUCAGCGUGUACAGACACUCGCCUCGUUUCGGAUUUCACAAAUCUCAUUUCAUGAGAAGCUUAUUAUCCGUGUCCCAGGCAGACUAAAAACAUCUGCUCCUGGGCGGCCGCAACCAUUUUUUAGUUUUUCUCCAUUUGUGGACGAUGAGAGUCUCUGUAUUUUUAGUUUAAUGAAAACUUACUUAGAGAUUACCAAGCAACUUCGGCCAUCUUUUGAGCUAUUUAUAUCUUGGUCAAGACCCCAUAAGCCAGUAGGCCGACAAACUCUUAGUCGUUGGAUACGAUUAGGCCUCGAGGAGUGUGGAGUGAGGUCCGAUUUAUUCACGGCGCAUGGUACCCGAUACGCUUCUACAUCAUCAGCGGCUCGGAGAUGUGCGUCUUUAGAAUUAAUUAAGCGUGCGGCCGAAUGGUCAAUCUCGCGUUUUUGUAAACUUUUAUCAUUUUAACUCCUAAUAAAUCCGGAAGAAUUCGCGAACACUGUGUUACGGCCUUGAGGGUUUGUUCAGUAUUAUUUCCCUUUGAUUUUAUUUCUCAGCCUCUGCCAGAACGUUAUGCUUCGUUGAUAUUAUUUUUAAGUUAUGCAUUUUUGUUGUUGUAGCCGUUGCGCCUCUUUCUUUAUAUUGGAGUUUUUAUUUUUAUUUUUAUAUGAAUGUUUGUAACGGUUCGGCCUUACCAUUUGUGGAAGUGUAUUUAUAAUAAUCAUUCCUUGGCUUAUACAGGUGGAUGUAAUAAUUAUUGAACUGUCUGUUUGACCUGGGUGAGACACUCUUCUCACGCCAGGCAUGUAACCAGGAAUGUCACUCUCUAAACAUCUAUAUUAUCCAUCCGGACGAGCAUAAUUGAAAACGAACCUACCUAGUGAAGUUUGAUUUAGAUUAUGCCUGGUGUCUCGACCGGAUGGAACUUCCCUCCCGCGAUGAGGCACCGUUUCCCAACCCGUCUACGGAUUUCUAGGCGAUUUGCUGUUCUAAAUGAAUGAAGAAUCGGCCCGUGCGCGGGCCUGCCUCGCGCAUGGCGCGCCCGCCUUUUUUCGCUUUGGCGGAUAUUUCAACUGUUGACAAUAGCGCACAUAGAAGCAUGACUACAUUAUCCAUCCGGACGAGACACCAGGCAUAAUCUAAAUCAAACUUCACUAUGUAAGUUCGUUUGAUUUUUCAAUUAUCCCGACGUCCCACAGUGUAACGUUCCCUUAACAAAAAUAAAAAAUCUGUUCGACUAA